AAAAUGUCUUUCUCGUGUUUUUCAUCAGCUUGUACUAAGUACAAACAUGUACCUAAACCAAUAUCAAAUAAAUGGAAUAUUAAAGAUUUUGAAAAUUAUAAAUACAAUGAAUUAAAUUCUCAAAAUAUAAAAAAUCUUUGUAAAGAGUCACAUCAGGUAUUAUUUAAUUAAUAUUUAAUUUUACAUUGAAUAUAAUUUUUUAAUUAUAUUUUUUUUUGUUCUAGAAUGACAAAGAUAUUUGUUUCUCAGACACAGAUUUUAAAUUUUUAACAAUAUCUUCAAAAUCUGAUAGACAAAGUGAUGAACAAUUAUUAAUAUGUAAAUUGAAUUCAGGAAAUAUUUACAAUUCUAAAAGACAGAUUAGUUCCAAGCAGAUAGAAUUAAAAUUUGAAAGUACAGAUUCAUUUAGUGAUAAUACACAAAAAUACAAAAUUUCCAUAUCUAAAUCAAGCUGUUCACCUUAUUCUUUAUUAACAAAAAAUUUAGUUAGUGAUUCAAAAUAUUUCUCAGAUUCUGCAAUUGAUAAAUCGGAUAUUUUAUCAAAUACUUUUCUUGGCAAAUUAAAGAGGUUUUUAAUAAUUUAUAAAUAUACUAUUGAAUCUAAUUUAAAUUAAUAGAUUAAUUAUUUUAAAUAUUUAUAUAGAUCAAACAAUUCCUAUACAAAUUCUACAUUAUCAAAUACAUCUAAUAUAAUUGAAACAACAAAUCAAAUUUUACAUAUAAAUUCAAAAACUGAAAAUACUUCUAUAUGUAGUAUAAAUAAAAGUGAUACAAUUAAAAGAGACAGAUCAAAAGAAUUAAAAUCGCAAAUAAAUUUAAAUAAAUGUGCACAUUCAAAAAAAUUACAACAAAAAAUGAAAUCAUCAAUAGACAUAUUGCAAAAUGAAAUAAAAGAAUCUAAAAGUUUUGUAAAAAUAUCAAAAUCAGAUAAUUUUAGUACUUCAUUAACAAAAAACAAUUUCGAUAAUUUUAUUAAUUGUAAUUUAAAUAAUUUUACUACAGAACAAACAUCUGUUUCUACAUCUAAAAAAUUAGUUUCUAAUAAUGAAAAUAUUUUUACUGUAUCAAAUCAUAAAUCAGAAAUAAGUGAAACCUAUGAUGAAUUAGCAAUAUUAUUUGCGCAAUAUAUGAAACUUCAAACUCGAUUGUGUCAAAGAAAAUAUUGUUCUUUAAAACGAUAUUUAAAACAACAAACACAGCAUACUACAAGGAAAUGUCAAAUAAAAUUCAACUAUCAUCACAUAUAUCCUUAUGAUCAAAGACCAAUGUGCAACAGUGGAAAUAUAUGUAUAGAUACAUAUGAUGAAUUAAAAUUGAUGUCUACAUCACCAGCAGAAAGAAAGAAUAUUUACCAACAUAUGUUUGAAAGAAGAAAGCAUUUUUUAAAUCAGCCAUGCAUUUUAUCUCUCUCUAAUUAAAAUCUUAUAACAUUUGAAUGAAAUUAAAACUAAAAUUAAAAAAAUUUUAAUUUUGAAAUUAAGAAAUUUUUGAUUAUUGAUUAUAAUUUUCAUUAUUUUUAAACCCAUUUUUAUGUAAUAAUAAGAGAAAUAAACAAUAUAUGUUAAAAAGUUA